GAGCUAUCGGACGAUUCGGACUGGACGACCGAGUCAUAAUCCAACUCCGAUCGCUCUAAGCCUCAGUCACGCCCACUGAAACAACUUCGUUCGACGAAGUUCGAACGAAGUUGUUCGGAUUCUUAAGAUUAUUGCAAGAUACCCGUUCCAGUGAUUCACCAAUGGCCUCCACAAAUGGAUUAGUGGGCGUACAAGGGAAGCAACCACUUUUCUCUUUUGGGGUUAUAUCAGAUGUCCAGUAUGCUGAUAUUCCUGAUGGUCGCUCAUUCCUCGGAGUUCCCCGAUACUAUCGUCAUAGUAUUCUAGUCUUGCAAAGGGCAGUCAGCAAAUGGAACAGCCUCCAGAAGCUGAAAUUUGCAAUCAAUUUGGGGGACAUUGUUGACGGGUUCUGCCCUAAAGAGCAGUCUUUAACAGCUGUACAGGAAGUUGUUCAGGAAUUUGAGAAAUUUAAUGGGCCUGUCUACCACAUGAUUGGCAAUCAUUGCCUCUACAAUCUUACUCGAGAAAAAUUACUCCCUUUACUGAAGAUUCCUACUCUGGAGGGGCAUGCCUACUAUGAUUUUUCUCCAACUCCAGAAUAUAGAUUUGUGGUUCUUGAUGGCUAUGACAUUAGUGCUAUUGGUUGGGCCAAGGAGCAUCCUAACACGUUGGAGGCCUUGAAACUUCUGCAGGAGAAGAAUCCUAAUGCAGAAAAGAACAGUCCAGAGGGAAUGUGGGGUCUUGACAGAAGAUUCCUGAUGUUCAAUGGAGCAGUUGGGAGGGAACAGUUGAAAUGGCUAGACAAUGUCCUUCAGGAUGCUAGCAUGCAUGAACAGAAGGUGGUGGUCUGCUGCCACCUACCUCUUGACCCAGGUGCAUCAUCCAAAGAAGCUCUUCUGUGGAAUUAUGACGAAGUUAUGGAUGUGAUUCAUAGAUAUAACUGUGUGAAGGUUUGCCUAGCUGGUCAUGACCACAAAGGUGGGCACUCAAUUGAUUCACAUGGAGUUCAUCAUCGUGUCCUUGAAGCUGCUUUAGAGUGCCCGCCAGGCUCAGAUGCAUUUGGUCAUGUUGAUGUGUACCAUGACAGGUUAGCUCUUUCCGGAACUAACCGUAUGAGUAGCACUGAGAUGGUAUUUCAUUCCUGAAUUUACUUAUGAUUGAAUGAUCAGAUGUGGCAUCUCUCAUGCGUUUUAUUAGCACUGAGUGUAUGCCAAUUCAUUUGUUUAUAAAGAAAAGACAUCUUCAGAUGGCUCCAAAACCUUGAGACUCAGGUGGGGGGCUCUGUAAGUAGAUAGUUAACUGGGAUAUUUUUAGUUCUGAGUAUUGGGACAUUUUCCCUUUUAGAGGUGUGCA